UGAUGCAAAGUGCAGACCACCUCAUCCUGCAGGGCUUGGGGGGGGUCUCAAGUCUACUACUGGCAGCAUCCACUCACCCCACGAAAGGCUGGAGGUCAGAGUAAGUGGGCUACUAAACAGCAGCAGAAACUCACACUGCUGCUCAGCCUGAUACCCCAGAGGGAGCUCAUGAACAGCAGAGGCUCAGUCAACUCCUUUGGCACUCACAUGGUUAAAGGAUCCUGCAUCGAAAGGGUUAACUCCAACAGCAAAGUUUUCUUGGCGCUCGUUCCUCCAGCGCCGCUCUCACGUCGUCCUCGUCAGGCGGUACAGCACCGGCCCCGGGGCCCGCUCUCCGUAUGACCGGAAGUCAGACCUUUAUGCCGUACAUUGCCGUCCAGUUCAAUAAGAUGGGUUCGUUUCGUCGCCCCAGGCCGCGGUUUAUGAGCUCGCCGGCUCUCAGCGACUUACCGCGGUUUUACGCCAACAGACAGACGGCGCAGCUGAACUCCAGCACCGUGUGGAACAGCGUGCAGACCGCCGUUAUAAAUGUCUUCAAGGGAGGAGGACUCCAGGCCAACGAGCUUUACUCGCUGAACGAGAGUGUGAGACACUUAUUGAAAAGCGAACUCGGAUCCUUCAUCACGGAUUAUUUUCAGAACCAGCUGCUUUCGAAAGGUCUGGUGCUAAUGGAAGAAAAAGUGAAGCUGUAUGAAGGUGAAAAUCGCGUUGCGAUUAUAUCCGAACUAUGGGAUCAUUUCUUCACCGAGAUCCUGCCUACACUCCAGGCCAUCUUUUACCCGGUCCAGGGCCAGGAGCUCACUAUCCGUCAGAUCGCCCUGCUUGGGUUCAGGGACUCUGUCCUUUUAAAAGUGGACCUGGAAAAGACUCUGGCGACGAUGCAGUCUCAGGCGCCACCAUCCUUCCUCCAGAUGCUAUUAGUGCUUCAGGGGGUUCAUGAAUCCAAUGGUCCUAGCGAAGAGUAUCUAAAGUUGGAGGAAUUGGUGAAAAUGGUGGUGUCCCCAUACCUGGCAGCGUACGGAGACAGGCCCUACGCCAAUGGCGGCGGUUCUUAUUUCAUUGAACAUCGAUUCACCAGAUGUCACCCCAGGAACGAUUCUUUACCCUAUUCAUCCCACCCCGUCACCUCCCUCGCCGCCGAGCGCUCCCUUUCACCCCUCACCGAGCAGGAAGGCGAGACUUACCUGGAGAAAUGCGGCAGCAUCCGACGCCACACCGUGGCGAACGCCCAUAGCGACAUCCAGCUCCUCGCCAUGGCCUCCAUGAUGCAUGCAGGCAGGUCUGAGGAGUCUGAACUUGGGGAGCAAUGUCUCAUACUCCAGCCAGGAUUCAGCCAACGCCAGUGUAACAGCGAACCCAACAUCGCGGACGGUCCUGGCGAGCUGCUUACGGCUGCCUUACAGGAGGACGCGGAACAGAACUGCAUGUCUUCCAGCUGACGGUACAACCAUAGAGCAGGACCCAGCGCCGAACCCUUCUCAGCACGGCCUCCGAAAUAUAGACGCUGUUGGGCUCGCAAAUUUAGGCACAAGGAAGAUAUUAAAUGCAUUACGGACAGAGCACAUGGCAGUAGUACCAUUUCUGGUCCAAUGGCACCAGCAGCUUUCAACCUUCUAAAUGGAUGGACUAUCAAGCGACGUUGGUGGCACCAACUGGUGGACGAAGGACACAACGCGACUUAUACACGCAACUGAAUGCUGUAGGCUCAUUUUGCACUAAAUGCUACACGUCUUAAAAAAAAGGUUAUUUUCCUUGUGAGAUGAACAUUCUCUGAUUUUGAAAUCUAAUAUUUUUCUUUACUGGAAGAAACAAAAAAAAAACUCCAUAAGAACUCUUUAAAAUAUGGUACAAAUAAUUGUUGUUUUGCAUCCCGGGAAAAUUCUGAAGUGUCUGCCGUCGGAAUGAUUUACAGCUGCCGCAGUUGCAAUAAUACGCAUAAUGCUCAAAACAGAAUAUAUAUAUUUUGUACAGAAAACUUGAAAACGAUUCUUUUAAUAUUUAGGCAGAAAGUGUACGGCUGUAUGAUUAACCUGUGAUUAGAAUGAUCGGAGUGAAAUGGAAAAUGAAUGAAUUAAAAACGUAUUUAUUUAAA